AUGGUAUUUCUAGGCGGCUCUCCUCUUUACUUUGUUCUGAUUAAUGUCUUCCUACUCCUUAUUUUCAACUACUCUCUUUCCAUGAAUGCAUUACUAUUCGAUGAUGCCAAUUACAUCAAUAGGCAUGAUUUCCCAUCGGAUUUUCAGUUCGGUGCCGCAUCAUCUGCCUUCCAGUAUGAAGGUGCAUGGAAUGAAGAUGGUAGAGGCCCAAGCAUCUGGGACACUUUAACUCAUGAACAUCCAGAUGCCAUAGCAGAUAAGUCGAAUGCAGAUGUUACGGUGGAUUUCUAUCACCUCUAUCGGGAGGAUGUCCGCACAAUGAAGGAUAUGGGGAUGACCGCUUUCAGGUUCUCAAUCUCGUGGUCUAGAAUAUUACCUAAUGGCACACUAAGCGGGGGAAUAAACGCUAAAGGCAUCAAAUUUUACAGUGACCUUAUUGAUGAGCUUAUGAGAAAUGGUCUUGAGCCUUUCGCAACUUUAUUUCACUGGGAUACUCCCCAAGCCCUUGAAGAUGCUUAUGGGAGUUUCUUAAACUCUAGAAUCGUGAACGAUUUUCGAGACUUUGCAGAUGUGUGCUUUCAGUACUUUGGUGACCGAGUGAAGAACUGGAUGACCAUAAACGAGCCAUUUUCCUAUGUGAUGUAUGGAUAUGGUGAUGGAACCUAUGCGCCAGCCCGAUGUUCGACUUGGCUUGGUUGCAGUGAAGGGGAUUCAUCGACGGAGCCAUAUAUUGUGGGCCAUAAUAUACUCCUUGCUCAUGCAGCAGGAGUUGAUCUGUAUAGGCGAAAAUAUAAGGAAUCUCAAAACGGCACGAUUGGAAUAGCCAUAGAAUUUAUCUGGCCGUUGCCUUACUCCUCACACUUGGAAGAUAUUAAUGCCUCCCAACGAUCUGCUGAUUUCACGUUUGGAUGGUAUAUGGACCCAAUAACCAAUGGCGAUUAUCCAGAAAUUAUGAAAACACUUGUGGGUGAACGGCUGCCGAAAUUUACUGCAACAGAAUCAAAGAUGUUAAAAGGGUCUUUUGACUUCCUGGGAUUAAAUUACUACACUACAGCUUAUGCUUUCAAUGUUCCUCCAGCCGACCCCAAGUAUCUAAGCUAUCAAACUGAUGGUUGCGUCAACACCACCGGUGUUCGAAAUGGCACUGCAAUUGGUACACCGACUGCUUCACCAUGGGUCUAUGCAUAUCCAAUGGGCAUUGGACACGUUUUGAGUUACAUAUAUGGGAAAUACAACAAUCCUCUUAUUUACCUCACCGAGAAUGGAGUUUCCCAGGAGAAAGCCCCAGUAUCGAAGUCCCUCAAUGACACCGACAGAGUGGAAUUCCUCAAAACUCAUCUAUAUUACCUUCACAGAGUCAUGAGAGAGGGCGUAAAUGUAAAAGGAUACUUCGUAUGGUCUUUGCUUGACAACUUUGAGUGGAACUAUGGUUACGCAACCCCAUUUGGAAUUUACUACGUUGAUUUUGAGAUGCAGCCGCGUAGCCAGAGGCGGAUACCAAAGGAAUCAGCUAAGUGGUUGAAAGGCUUCCUAAGAAAUAUAGAUGAUAUGAAGCUUCAUGUGUCUUCUAUGUAG